AGAUUACCUUUCUCUCUCCGGGAGGUGGCUCCUCAGAGCAGGUUCCCUUCCCCAACACAUAGCUCAUCCUGACCUGCCAUCCCCAACCACUCUCUACAGAUAGAAAAGCCCUGCAAUAGAAGAAACGCAUCCAGGACUGUAGUCAACAAACGGAACAACUGAGCUGUAAAUGCUUUUGUUGUGCUUAGUAAAAGUAACCAGAUGUUUGUGGAUGACACACAAUAGGAUGUUGGUCAGAGCUAUUCUGUAUUUCAUUGAAAAAAGGAGUGGAACAACCCAUCUGCAUCUCCCUCGCUCUCUCUCUCACACACACACAGUUACAAGUAGCUUCAGUGCUUGAAGACUGAAGCUGCAGCUGCUGCUGCAUUCUACACAGCUUUCUCGGAAUACAGAAAAGACUCAUUUUUAUCUCGAAUGCAAUAAGAUUGACCCAAGAAGGAGAAGAUGCAUCAGCUACAAGCAAGAGACGUGAGCUGUGUCUAUGAUUCCAGCGUGGAAGUGGAAAGAACAGACCAUUGUCUCUUCGAGGUCAAGCCCAUACUGCAACGCCGGUCAAUAUUUUUGUUUUAAAACUCUUUAUUAGAGAAAGAACAAAGAGGACAAUCUGAAACUGAGGUGGAUGGUGGCAAGACAUUGGAGGGCUUGAAAAGUUGUGAAUAUUCAUAAGGAAGAGAAGUGAGUUUUAGGUUAGAUUUCCACCACUGGAACCUAAUGAUGUGACAAUAUCCAUUCAUCAGAAGAAACGCCAAGACUGACCGAAGAAAAAUCAAUGGUGCGAAUGUCAACUUUCUUAGCCUCCAGAAGAAAUUGCCUCAGUUUCUGAUCAUUGCGGCAUCAACAGAAUAUCGCCGAGGAAAAUACUGAUUAUUUUGUUGUUGUUGUUAAACAAUAGCCAUGGCUGCGGCUAUUGCCAGCUCUCUGAUUAGGCAGAAGAGACAAGCCCGAGAGAGGGAAAAAUCCAACGCAUGUAAAUGUGUCAGCAGCCCCAGCAAAGGCAAAGGGAACUGUGAAAAAAACAAACUCAACGUCUUCUCUCGGGUCAAACUAUUCAGCUCCAAAAAGAGGAGAAGACGACGACCAGAGCCUCAACUCAAAGGAAUAGUCACGAAACUCUAUAGCAGGCAAGGCUACCACUUGCAGCUCCAAGCAGAUGGCACAAUUGAUGGAACAAAGGAGGAGGAGAGCAGUUACACUAUAUUUAACCUCAUACCAGUUGGCUUACGAGUGGUGGCUAUACAAGGUGUUCAAACUAAGCUAUACCUAGCCAUGAACAGCGAUGGAUAUUUAUACACAUCAGAACAUUUUACACCUGAAUGCAAAUUUAAAGAGUCGGUUUUUGAAAACUAUUAUGUGACAUAUUCAUCGAUGAUCUACAGACAGCAGCAGUCGGGAAGGAGCUGGUUUUUGGGUCUCAACAAAGAGGGGGAAGUUAUGAAAGGAAACCAUGUAAAGAAAAACAAGCCUGCAGCACAUUUUCUGCCAAAGCCUCUAAAAGUGGCCAUGUACAAAGAACCUUCUCUUCAUGAUCUCACAGAAUUUUCCAGAUCUGGAAGCGGCACACCAACCAAAAGUAGAAGUGUUUCAGGAGUACUAAAUGGUGGUAAAUCUAUGAGUCAGCACGAGUCAACGUAGCCUGCUGCAGGCAAGAUCAAGGCUACGGUAUACACAGUAAUGGAACCUUACCUCUGGAUGCUGUUGAAUUCUUACUAGCAGUCUUUCAUUCAAAUAUUCAAGUUUUUCAGGACAAGUACUGAACUUGCAUAGGUCACUCACGUCAACCAUUAGAUCUCCUGGUUUUCAAUGGAUUCCAUCAUUCUAGAAUGUGCUUUUUGCAUUUGAGAAGGCACCGGGAUAGCCAGCAAAACAUACAGUGGAAUAAGCCAAUGAGAGGACAUAUGCUGCUCUCUGGUUAUAUCACAUAUGCUUUGUGGAACGAGAAACACUUCACAGAACUGAAUGCUAAUAAGAAUUUUGCUUUCCAACCAAGAAUAAAAGACCACUUUUGCUCUAUAAAGAAAAUUUUACUGCUUAUAUGUUUUAUAGGGGGCAAGCAUACAAAAACAUUAAACCUGUUGUUUAUUGGCUUACAGUUUUAUAUAUAAGCUUGAUUACAUGUAUUCAUUUGACGAAGUGCAACACUUUUAUUUGUUAACACAGCUUCCCGAACUGGUCCGGUUUCCCAAAAACUGGAUCUCAUUGCCAAAAUCAGGUCAACUCUGAGGUGACCCCUCAGGCUCAAGUAAACAGUGUUCCUGUAACUUAUAACAUGCUAUAUCAUUUUUUUAUAUACAGUAUAUUUGUAGUAUCUUGGUCAUAGUGUUAGUCCAUUCAUGUAGACACAGAAAAGUAUUGUCAACCCCAGGUAGUGGAAUCUAUCAUUACGGAUUCCACCAUCCACCCACGUAAUUUUCUCUUAAUUCCAUUUUUUUUGUGUAUGAUGUUAUAUAAAUGUUGUGGCUUCUUUUCUAAGAAAAAAACAAAAAUCUGUGGAAUUAAGGUGACAAUUUUUAUAAGAAAUGUCUCAUUUGUAAAAGUCCCUCUUUUUUUCUCCCCUAACGUAUGGCAUAUGUAAGUAUCGUAGAUAAGGAGACAUUUUGGAAAGGCUGUGUCUACACAACAGGUAUCCGUGCCUGCUAUUUAAUCAAAAUGUUGAAGAUAUAUUAUGUUUUCCAAAUAGAUAUUCAACUAUGUUGCAUGGACAGAAAAGAGAAUUGGAGUCAAGGUGCAUGACGUUUGAUUUUGUGCAUUAGAUAACGUUCAGGAUAUUUUUUAAUUUUUUUUGUUUCUCUUCAGAAAUAGUAAAAUAGGAACACAAUGUUUUAAUCUUGAACACAUUAUUGAUUUAUUGUCUACACAAAAAUGCACUGAAUUUAUAAAUUUGAAUCAAAUUAUUAGUUCAUUUCUAAAAACAUAAAAUAAAAAAAUCUCUCUCUCUAUUUUUUUUUUUUUAUAAUUAUUAUUUAUUUAAAAUCCCAAUAUUGCCACAAUUCUAAACUGAGAGCAGGCUAUGCAUUAUCACUGUUUACAUGUUCAGUCAUGAUUUUUUUUUUUUGACGUUGAAUGAUAUCAUGUAUUUUAUUUUUAAUAGGGCCCUGUUUACGUUGAAGCAGGUUGUGCACUUGUAAAAUAAAU